GACAGUCGGGUUAGAGUGGACGGUGGGUAUGAUUACAGUAAAUAUUGUCAGGAUAUUUCUAGGAAUCUCUGUGUACCUUGAGCACUAUGUCACUAAAGGACUCACACCGUGUGAUGACAACUUGCCCAGUAAAUUAUACGUCUUAAUUUCCUGACAACUCUGUGGCCUGCUUUUGGUUGAACUCCAUAGCCAUGAAUUUCACAGACAAUGACUUGCAUUGCCGAGCUAAGAACGGACUCAUGGCCUACAUUCCGAGCACGGGUGUAUUUGAUGCUGUUCAAAGUUUGAGAUCGGAACAUGGGGUUCUGUCAGAGGAUUAUUAUCUGGGAUACACAGAGUCUGCCGGCCGCUUGUACACACUAUCGGGAGAGGAAGAUACCUUCAGCCAUUAUGCUAGUACAGAGCCUAAAAGUGAUUUGGACACCUGCAUUACAAUAUAUGGAACGACUGGCAUUUACUAUGACGUGUCUUGCAGUGAAAAAUUCUAUGGUGUCUGUUCGUCGCUCGCUAACUCAGGAGAUGACCUUGACACAACGACAGAGGAGAGUACGACCUCUUCAGAUAUCCCCUCAACAUCCGCGACACCAGAUUCCCAGAUCUCCAGUAGCCACUGUCUCUGUUCCUGCCCAGUUACUUUUGAACUGAACCCUAACGUCAACUUAACUGCGGAAGAGGAAGCCCAGAUAUUGGAAAUGAAACAAAACCUGACUGUUCAGAAGUCUACAUUGUCAAGUUCAGUGCGCAAGCGCAACUGUGCUUCAGACGAUCGUGAAUCAUCACAGGCAAUUGGAGUAUUAGGUGCAUGUUUACUAGGCAUUCCUUUCGGAUUAAUAAUAUUGCUUGAUUGUUCUCGAAUUAUUAAUUUAGCGAAAUAAGACAAUAUGAACGUUGUUAUCCCAGGCCGUUUCAAUAAAUGAUACGAAUUCAA